CAAAAAGAGAAAGGCUCAGCCUCAGUCAGUCAGUCAGCGUCUUCAUCUCCACUCCUGUAGUUUGAUUCUCUCAUUUUAAACACCGACAAAGUCAAAUCCACUCAUCCAGACGUCAGGAUGUUGCUCUGGGACAGAGGGAUGCUGUGGGGCUUCCUGUUGCUGCUGUCUGGUGCUGUGGGUCAAAGAGUGAUCUUUCCAGGUAAUGUAACAGUGAAUUAUCCAGGUCCUGUUUGUGCUGUGAAAAGAUCGACUAUCACCCUCCACUGCACCUUCACACCAAACAGGUCUUUCAAAACUCUGGAUGGAAAACAAUAUCCACUGGAGGUCGUCAGAGUUGUCUGGUGCAAGCAUGACAUGUAUUGUCAUGGAUCCACCCCGUCUGUGUACGACAGUGAGUCAGACACCAACAAUCCUCGCUACCAAUACCUGGGAGACAAGAAGGGAAACUGCACUUUACAGAUCAGAGACAUACAGAGGGAAGACGACGCAACGUUUCGCUUCAGGAUGGAAGUCAAUUAUACUGUAGGACAUCAUACUGUAACAUCAGGAGUGAAGGUCACAGUCAUUGAUGAUCCUCAAAUGACAAUAAUCAGCUCCAGGAACCAGAGUCUGAUCAGAGAGGGUCAAACAGAGACACUGCUCUGCAUUUCAUCCUGCUCUUUCCACCAACUGGAGGUCACCUGGUUCAGAGAUGACCACGCCCUCUCAGAGUCUGGCCCCGCCCUCCAGCUCGGCCCUCUGACCGCAGAGGAUUCUGGGAACUACACCUGCGGUCUGAAGACCAACAGCAAGACUCGCUCCCGGCCGUACGAGCUGCGUUUGGAGGCAGCAGAGGAAGGAAUCAAGCUCAACUACCUGACCACUGUCCGUCUGGUUCUGUUCACUGCUCACACUGUGCUCAUCAUCAUAGUGGUGUCCAUCAUCAUCAAAAGGACGUGUGUUCGCAGAACAGGAACAAAGAACUGAGAGACAUGAAACUGCAGUCUCCAGACUUCAUGGAGGAGCUCGGACAACCUGAAGAACAAGACCAGACAGUCUGACAGCACAGCUACCAUCUAUAAUCUAUCUGUUCUAAUACUGAUUGUGGUGAUUGGUUACUGUAUUGAUCCAUUUAAUUUACCACACACCACACAUAUGUAGCUUCUUUUGCUUCAGUUAGUAGUUUCAGUUCUUUGAGAUGUUUAUAACUUUUCUACCUCCUGAAGCUGAGCAGCCUUAGAAACCUGUCAUGGAUCUGAAUCUUUAACUUUACCUGUUUGUAUCUCUGUAAUUUAAUAACAAUAAAAAAUAAUUGGCUUCAUUGUUAUCAGAGGUUUGAAUAUUUACGCAGAUCAGCCUCAACAUUAAACCACUGAAAGGUGAA